ACCAGCGUAACAAGGCCGCGGUACCUCCUUUGGCGUCCCUCUCCUCCAAUCUCAUCCCGUCCAUCUCAAUCAUCUCUCCUUUCACGCGUCUGUCUCUCGUUUAACUCUCCUUCGCUCCUUCAUUUCUUAUUCCAUUGAUUCUGGCAGGCCUACGUUUGACACGUGUAAAGCACGCGACACCAACGUAACUUUGGACGCGCCAACGCGAUAAUGUUAAUGCUACGACAUAUUACGCGCGCUCAUGCCGCGUUGACACGACAACCUUUCGCGUACCGGUCUCAGCAGGCUGGUCCGGUACUGCAAAGAACAAGGUUAUGCCAGCCCUCUUUGGCGCGCGCUCUGAGUGGCCAAUCCGGUCCUCCGACUCCUGGCAACGAUGCGCCAAACCCCAUUGACGACGCUGCAGAGCGUCUGGAGGAAGAGGAAGAGCAGCAAGAGGAGCAACGCGAGAAAAAGAAGGCAGAGUGGAAAAGCACGGCUUGGAAGAUGUUUGAAGCUGCUGCUACUACCGGAGCCAGCAUCUUCAUCCUUGGAUGUGUCGGCAUUGGUUAUACUAAGUACUACAAAUGGAACGUGCUUGAAAAGAUGGAGAACGCUUUUCGGGAAGGUGAUCCUGUAUUAGAACUUGCAGCUACCGGAAAGGAGAUGCCUAAAGCGGGUGAACCUACUCGACUACAAGUCAGCAAGGACGUGGAUGGUGAUGACAAGGACUAUGACCGCUGGAUCCCACGUGAUGAGCAGGAAAAGAUUGACAAGAUUGUCUGGGGCGAGACAAAAGGACGUUACCACCUGCUUCUCGGCGAGAAGGGUACGGGCAAGACGUCUAUGCUUAUUGACGCCAUGGAUAAGAUCAAUGGUGAGGGAUGUUCGAUGAUGGAAGCCCAUGCAGAUCUCGAAGUCUUCCGUGUACGGCUAGGUCGCUGCCUCGACUUUGAGUACCACGAAGACAACAUCGGAUCGCUAUUUUCCAUCCGUGGGCCGCGCGAUGCGGGUGCCAUCCUUGACAUUGAGCGUGCGUUCAACAAGCUCGAAAAGGUGGCUUUGCGGCGACGCGCGACUGUCGGCAGACCACUCAUUCUCAUCAUCAAUUCCGCACAUCUGAUCCGAGACAACGACGAUGGCAGAGACCUUCUCGAACUCAUCCAACAGCGUGCAGAGCAGUGGGCAGCCGCCAACCUCGCAACCGUCAUCAUCAACUCGGACAAGUACUGGGUAUUCGAACGACUAAAGCAGUACGCGACCCGCAUGGAAGUACAUCAGAUCAAGGACCUAAGCAAAGAUCGCGCCAUGCAAGCCUUGAGGAACUACCGAAUGAAAUACUACGGCGAGACGGUACAAGAAUCCAUCCUCGAAGAAGUAUACGACAAAGUCGGCGGACGCCUAACCUUCCUCAACCGCGUGGCCAAGUCGGAAGACAUGGUCGCGAAAUGCAACAGCAUCUGCGAAAUGGAAAAGAUCUGGUUCCUAAACAACUGCGCGAUUCUCGGCGAGGAAAUGGACGACGAUGUCAUGGACCAACAGAAAUACGCUUCCACAGCCAUGGUCCUAGCCAACGCCCUCUACAAACUCUACCACGACAUGGAAUCAACCUACGACCCAAAGGAAGGCCACAUCCUACCCUCCUUCCCUCUUCACCGCGCCCGCUUCAUCAUGACACGUUCCGACUUCAUCCGCCAGCACCACGACCUGUCCAUCUUCUCCAUUGACUCGCACGCCGUUGUCCGCGCCGACUCAGUUCCCAUGCAGCGCGCCUUCAACGAAAUUUGCGCUGAACCUGGGUUCGAAGACUUCCUGGAAGCGACGCUGGAGAGGAUUGGUGCGAUUGAGAGUCUCGGCAGGACAAAGGAACUUACGUUCAAGGAUUUGUGGGAGGGGGGCAAGUAUCGGAUUGUGCAGAAGGAUGGCAAGGGGAAGGUGCAGGGUGAGGUGGAGAUGGAGACUGUGCCUGGGAAGGGGGAUGAUGAUGACGAUGAUGAGAAGGAUGACUGAAUGGAAGGGCUGGGCCGUACAUAAGAUGUUUGGACGUCGGGAUGAUUGGACUGUUAUGCGUUUGGAUGUAUGAUAUAGGAUUGGGCGGCUGCUUGAUUCUGCGUGGCGCUGGUGUCUUGUGGGAAGCCGCGAUACCCUAGAAUGUCAGUUUUCCUAUGUAUGUGCCCAUUCUACUUACUGUGCUCACUGAGAGGAUUGCUGGCUGUUUGCUGCUCCACUUAUUGUGUUCGUCGCUGACUCCUUCCGUCUU